UAGUAUUAAGUGUAGGGUUUAACUUUACCAUUUCUGAUAACAUGGAUGUAGCUGUUGUGGAGAAGUGGGAGAGAGGGACCAACCAAGAGAAAAGGUAAACACGGGGCUGACAGGCCUAUGAAACACCACGACAAUGGGAACUGUGCACGCAAAAAGCCCAGAAAGAGAGGACCAUGAUGGGGCUACAAUGAAUUUACAAAGCCUCAAGCCCAAAACAGAUGAGCAAAGAGAAGCUAUUCGUAAACUUAAACGCAUUAGAGAUAAACUAGCUGCAAUAAAGGCCCAAAAAAUGCAAAUGAAUUUGAAGAAUGCAAAGCCAUCCCAGGGAAAAACUACUCUUGAGUUUGGUGCUAGGGUCCAGCGUGUUCACGUGGAUGGGUUAGGUCGCACCAAGGAUGACAUUGUUAUAAACACAGUAAGAGAUGUCUUCACUGCCAGGGACUUUCAGUCUGUUAUCAUAAAAAUUCAUGAAGCUAGAACACGUUUAUCAAAAUUAGGUUGCUUUAAGGAUGUGGGUGUGUUUAUUGAUGCCUAUAAAGGACCCGAUGCUGUAGAUGAUGGAAUUGAGGUGACUUUUGAAGUUACGGAAGUUAGUUUCCUUGGAGCAAAAGUCAACACUGCAGUUGGAAACAAUGAAGCACAGUUCUCCACAGGCGGCAUGCUUCGCAAUAUAUUUGGGCGAGCAGAAGAAUGGAGUUGUGAAUAUACUCAUGGAACUAAGAAAACCACCUCAUUUUAUUCAACGUUUGUUAAACCGUUCCAUAAUGAAGCUAGUACAGUGUUAACGAGUAGUAUUUAUCAGCAAGCUAGUGAGGCACCUUGGUCUGGAUAUAGAGAGUUGGAUCGUGGAGUAUUACUUACAUUAGCAUUUAAUUCAGCACCUAAUGUACAACAAAAAUUGAUCCUUGAUGGUGUCUGGCGUCAUAUAACAACACUUAGCCGAACAACUGCAUUUGCUGUACGAGAACAAGCUGGACACUCUUUGAAGUCAGCACUUAGGCAUGAACUCCACGUUGAUAAGAGAGAUGAUCAGGUCUUUCCCACAGAUGGUGUUUCUUUCACUCUCAAAAAUGAGUUAGCUGGAUUAGGCGGCGAUAUUGGGUUCCUGAAGAAUGAGCUAGACAUGCAAGUUAAUGUGCCACUUCCUAGGGAUAUUGUAUUACAGGGUGCCCUAUUGGCAGGUCAUCUUUUGCCAUUACGUAACAAUAAGACAUACAUUAUCGCAGAUCGCUUCAUGCUUGGAGGGCCAAUGAAUAUUCGAGGAUUUGAAAUGGCAGGAAUAGGACCUCACAGUGAUGGUUGUUCAUUAGGAGCCGAGAUGUUUUGGGCUGCUGCCAUUCACGUGUAUGCACCUCUACCCUUACUUGCUCGAGGAGGGUCUAUCAGUGAAAAGUUUAGACUUCAUGGUUUUGUCAAUACAGGAAACAUUGGAGAUUUUGUUUUGACCGACAACUACAAGCAAAAUCUUCAUACCUUGCUGCGUGAUAUGAGGUUAUCCUAUGGAGCAGGCCUUGCAAUGAGUCUUGGAGGUUUUGCAAGAGUUGAAUUGAAUUAUUGCAUACCCCUCUUAUUACAACGAGGUGACAGACCAAAUCAAGGUCUCCAGUUUGGUGUUGCAGCUAACUUCCUGUAGAAAAUUUAUUAUUGUCUUUGCAUUAAAUGUGAAAGGAUCUUAUUGUCCGACUGUAAAAUAUGAAAUGAUUGUACUUAUUGUUUCUCCAUCAUGAUCAUUUGAUCAUUGGGUUAUAGAAAAAUAUUUUGUAAGAAAUAUAUGUACAGCAUUAAACAAUGGCUAUAU